AUGUCCGCGAAAGGGGCGGUGAAGAUACGCGUGAGCGCGCUUCCGGUGACGGAGUGUGAGCGACACCCGUACCUGACGCACUUUCAACACGAGGGGCCGCACGGCGAACGCGCGCGCACGGUGCGAGUGAUGUGCUCGCCCACGGACACGGUGCGAACGGUGAAGACGCGCGUGCAGGAAGAGCUCGGAGAACGCGUGGAGAUGCUCAAGCGCGGUGGGGUUCCGGAAGGGGAAGAACUCGACGACUCGAAGACGCUCGCCGAGCUCGGACUCGGCGAGCGGGACAUGAGCGUGUGGGAACAUCUGUGGGUCGACAGCGAGGCCAGGAUCGCGCGCAUGGAAGCUGAUAAGGAGAAGAUGAUGUCCAUCAUUCACGUGCAUCCGAACGACAUGACGCCAAAGAUGAUUCGCGCGCUGAAGGACUGCUGCCCACCGCGCUUUUGA